AUACAGUCUCAAGGCUUUAACAAAAGCCAGUAUCUGAGACGGCUCCACAGAGGCCAGCUCUCCAUCCUCGACAUCAGCCGUACCCUUUGUGUGGCUUUGCUGAAAAUGUUCUUAUAUAAGCCCAUUCCACAGGAGUUUACUGUUUAAGAUUAUUCCCAGAUGUCAAAUAUCUUCCUAUGAUCGCAGUAUUUCUUUUUCAUCUAGUUGGAUUCUUUCAGGAUCAGGUUUUUCAGAAAAUUGGAGUUGCAAUUUAUAAAAACUUAUAACUUCAUCAUUGCUUGUUUAGGACACCCUGUAUACAACAAAAUAUUUUUAGGAUAUUCAACUUUAUAAACCAUGCAACAUUUAUAUUAAACUUUUUUUUCAUAUCUUUCUCAACAACGACGAUGUAUGUUCGCACCCUGUAUGUUUUCCCAAUAAUAAUAUUUCAGAUAUAAGUAGAUAAAGAAAAACGCGGAAGUUUCCAAUUUCAAAUAAAAGGUGUGUACGUUUGGUUGUUAUGGUGAUAAGGGCGGUCUUGAAAAUCGACCCUUAUUUCCAAACGACGUGCGCCCUUCUAGGACGCAUGCGCCAUUCAGAUUUUUAAAACAAAACUCGAAAUAGGUGAAAUGUUAAUAGCGGCUUUUGCGGAUAGUUUUAAAUUAUAUUUGAAACCCAUGUCCUAACAAAACAGUAUGAAUGAGGACUAAUUGCCUUAAUUUUCCGAUAGUCAUCACUUUGUUGAUGCUAUCGUUGAUUCCAUGGCCGGGUCCAACAAUUUUCAAAAUAUCUUGUCCAAGAGAUAACGCAAGGAUAGUAAGAAAAAUAGUCCAGAGCAAAUGGAUUCCAGUUUUAGAUAAAUACAAGGUUAAGUUACCACUAGAAUGCCCCUUUCAUCCUCAACGGGACAUAUUUGGUCCACAACAAGCUGCCAAAAAACAACACAGACCUUCACAAUGGACCUGCGGCAUAUGCGGAAAAUCAUUUUUCGAAGAGAAAUAUUUAGAUAUGCACUUUGACAAUCGACACAAAGGAUAUAUAAACAUGGCUGAAGACGCCGUGUGUCUAGCAGACUAUUGCGAUAUAAUGAGAUGCGACGUGAUCAACAGUUUAGAACUUAAAACUACUUCUUCGGACCACGAUAAUACGGAUAUCGAAAUAUGGCGAGAGGGAUCUUCAUAUACUAAAGCACUAACAACUUCUGGACCACGGGAUGUAGCUAAAUACACUGUCAAGACAGAUAAUUUCGUAUUUUUGCAAAAAAAUGGGAAAGCUGAUCAGGAAGAACUGAGGAAACGGUGCCAAAAAACAGACGCUCCUGAGGCUGCAAACAUGAAAGAAAGCAGCUCAUCGAACCAAGUAGACAAAACUCUACAAAAUACCAGUUCUGACGUUUGCCAGAGCGAUUUGGUAGAUUCGGCUCUACCGGCACCUGACAAUCGACAGCAACGCAUCAACGAAAUUCAAAAGUUAAAAGCCAACUGCAAACCGGAAGAGUUGCAGAAAAUUAAGACGAAAUGUGAGAUUUUGGUUAGAGAUUGUAUAGCUAGUUUGCUAAUUGAACUAAGUAUUAAGGAUUUUAAAGAAGUGGAAGAUGAAUUCAACAGAGCAGUGUGUUGGUAUCUAACAUGUGACAGAUAUUGGGAAGAUUCACAAUCAGACAUAAAAUCGUUUCCAUGGGGAUUGCUUUGUAUGGUUAUGAUGGUACUAUCUCUAGGGGUGUGUCUCUGUUACUACGUUGUAUGGGUGUUAUUUGAUAUUUUUAGUACAGACGAUGUCAGCGUUACUAGUGCUAGUAUUACUGACAGAUCGACACCGUCACCCGCGCAUUUACUGAGGGGUGAUAUAGUGUCUACUAGUGAUGGCCACCACGUUUAUUCAGAGGAUUACAUAGGCGGCGAUAAGGACAAUGAGUACAUCUAUGUCACUUAUCCCCCAGAUUUAAAAAGAAGACUGUUAGAAAGGCCCAACAAUAUUGUUUAGAAUGGCUGUGGUGUAUGAACAAAUAUACUCUAAGAUAACACUAUAGAUUUUUUUAUUACUGGAUGUAACCAAAAUUCUUUUAAAUAUCUGAACUCAUUAUAAUUUCAUAAUAAAAUAUUAUACAAGACCUAGUGUUCCAAAAAAACUCCAUAUCCCCCAGGUUCUUAAUAAUUCUUCCAUUCUGUCUUUUUAUAAAAUAUUUAGAUAAUGGUAGCGAACUUUUUAGAAUUUUGUAGAUAUACAGGGCGAUUCAAAUAUAUUUUUAUACUAAACUUGUCAUUUUUUUAAAGAAAUCCUGUAUUUUUCGAAUUCAAAUAUUAAUGAUACAGGAUGUAAAAACUUUAAGAAAUAGGUCUUGUGUAAUUAUCUUAAAUACCGUUUUUUUAAUUUACUGUAGGUAGCACUGAACAUCAGUGUUAAAAAUUUUAAUAAAAAUUAAUAAUAAAUUAGAUCAAAUAAAUACCAUUUUUUAUAUUUUAAUUUUAUUAAUUGAGUUUAAUAAAAUUGCGUUUAUCUCAUCAAGGAAAUCAAAAUCGACAAAAUACCAGUCGAAAAUCGAAUGAUUGGCAUUAAAUGGCCUACAUAAUUGUGCUGUAACGAGUCAGUAACGUAGUUUCUUUACAAAAUAUUCCGGUAAUAACCUAUAAUAAUCACAUUCCUGGUAAAUCUGUCGACACUUUUUAUCAUUAAAAUAUGUACCACUUAAAGUAACUUUCACUCUCAAAAUGUCAUUCGAAUUGCCACAGGCUCUUGGAAGAAAAUUAAUUAUAGGUAAAAAAGAAGAAUGUAACCUGUAACCCCCUGUGUGUACAAAACAAAGCAGAAUCGGAUAUACGUUGAUAUGAAAAAUAAAUCUUAUAUUUAUACGAGCAACCUCCCCACUGGAGAUGGCACAUAUUUGUGUUGAACCACCCUGUAUACCAAAUGGAAAUAAUGUACUGAAGAUAGGGAGCUUUUUUCAUUCACUGGAUCACUCUGUAGAGCGAUAAACUUACAGUGCAAAUGCCUAUAUCCUACCAUAUAUCCUAUUGAUCAACUAGGGAUUCCUAUAUGUAUAGGCUUGGUGCAUUCUCCGCCGUUGCUGUCACCAUCGUAGAAUACCGUAAAAAGCCGACUAAACAAACACACGGAUUAAUAGCGAGUUCAGGAAAGAUUGUAAAAAAAUUAAAAAUGUAAAUCUUUUGAUACCUUCAUAACGUGUAUUAUAAUUUAUUACUCAAGCUAAUAAACUUUGUAGAUUAGUAAUAACAUGCCGCGCCGCCUGCUUCAACUACCCUAGCGACCAUAGUUUUAUGCACCGAUUUGGGAGAUAACUAGGGCUAUCUGGACUGUAAAGUAAUUCUUUAAAGGUAUAUAUAAUUAUAAUUUUAGAACACGGUCAUAAAAAGUUUAAGCACUAGUUGAUUAAAAAGACGUAUACUAUUAAUAUUGGUUAAAUUAUAUUUUAUCCUCAUAGUAGGACAUGCCUAUUUAAUUUUAUGAUUGUGUAAUGCACACAAGGGAGUAAACAACUGUUUACUCACUUGUUUCGUCGAACUGCCUGAGUUCAUUUUUGUUUUUGAUCAAAUCGGUGUGAUUUGUAAUAUAUUGUUCCGGGAGAGUUCUAUUGUUAUUACACUCAACAAGCACGCAAUUAUGCUCUACUUGUCAUGUUGACAUUUUUUCGGCAAUUUUAUUAUCAUUUUAAAUUGUCACAAGAUAACGCAUCGCCCAGUUUGGGUUCUUUUUCACUUAAUUUUUACUACCCGAAACGGUGCUACAUCACACAAACUUCGUACCUGAGAAUAUAGUUUCAAUAACUGCACUUGUAAAAACUAAAAUACCUACUUAAAUAUAUGACAAAGCCACGAUAUUAAUAUUAUUUCAGUGCGAUUAACAUGAACGGCAACUGGAAUUGCGUAAAAUACAGCACCGGAAAGUUUUGAUUCCUGCCGUACCGAGCGCUACUGUCGAAAUUCCUAAAAUUGACCGAAAUGCACCAAGCCUAUAAAUUGCCAAUUUUUAUGUGCUUAUUAAUUUAUUAAUUAAGCUUAUUAACCAGUUAAAAUAAAUAAAUAAAAAAAUCUAUUUGUAUACAUUUAUUAUAAGCCCAAUAACGCUAUCAUACAGUAAUCAAAUGUUUAUAACAAACUGGAGUUAUCACUCAUUAUAUGACUUGAUUUGUGUUUUACCUUAAAAACAAAUUUCAAUUUUGAAUUUCAUUCUUGCUUCUUCGGUUCGGUACCAACUGCAGUACCAACAUCAAAAUACUACUAGAAACUCCCUCGAUGGAACAGACGUGCAACUGGAAAUCCUAUAAAAAUUAGGAUUACAACAUUACAUUCAUUCUUUCUCAUUCAUACAAACGCGUAUCUAAAAAAAACGUAAAAACAGUUGGUUAGAAAUCGUUUUAACUAAAAAAAAAAUAUGUAUGUUUUAUUACUUUGGAAAUUGAAAAAAAACUGCAGGAGAUUAGAUUGAAUAAGCGGAAAGUUGGAAGAAAAAAUGAUGGAACGGGAUUUGAGAAA